CGUCAAACGAAACAUAACUCCAUUAUGCUCUAUAUCUAUCCUGAUCCCGCGUCUCAUGAUUAAUAACCUUCUAACAAGGGCCAAGUCUGAAUAAGGAUCUGGAUUCCGGCACAGGCUUCGGUCAUAAUCGGGAUAAAGAUUCGAAGGCCAAUCCACGUUUGAUUCCUUAGAUGAGCGUGAUAAGCUGAAAGUUGCAGUAACUUCAGUCUUCGUACUAUGUUCUCACUCUUCUAAAGUCACCCGAAGUUUAUGAUGAUACGAUUGCUACAAGAAAAUCGUGGAGGACUGUUGGGUGUAUUUGGUAAAGUGGGUGGAACUGAUGAGCAUACACAUCGAUACCUCAAAUACCUGAUCGCAUUUUCUUUCCAUAUUCAAAAGACUUUUUUUCAAUAGCGUUCCCCAAAGAAAUCAUGAAUACAACCCUCGCAAGAGUUCUAAGACCACAAAAGCGACAAUGCCGACCACAAAUGUGCGACACCAAUCAAAGUUCAGCCGACCGCGCUAACUCCGUACCUCGGCAACUCCACUGCGAACGACGUCUCAAGAUCGGCCCAGCAACUGCAGUCAGUAUAUUCAUUCUCAGACAAUUGUCUUUUCUCUGCUAUAAUAAAGCUCCUGAUACUUAAGCUACCAGCGCCUCUCUGCACUUACACAGCUUGCAAGCGCAGACAUUCAGAGGAAUUAAGACAGCGAACGAAUAAGUAAGCACGCAUGUGAAGAUGAAUGAUAGACCUCGAAACGAACGGGAUACGAUUCGAGGGUGCUACAGCUCUAGCAGGAAUUUAGAAAGAAGAAACUAUCCCAAAGACCCUACCAGACAGCUCAACAAUACCGCAAUCAGGCCCUCGCAAAACGUUCCAUCUUACCAAUAACAAUAAGUCCCGUUCAAGAUGUCACCAUCCAACAACCAAGCAGAAGAGAAAUGGGAGUACGAGUACUUCAACAUUACGUUCCCGGCGGAGUAUGUGGCGCACGUUGAAAUCAAUCGGCCAGAGAAGUUGAAUGCGUUUAUUGAAAAGAUGUGGCUGAAUCUCUCCUUAAUCUUCAACCGCCUCUCCCACUCUCCCUCUGUCCGCGCAAUUGUCCUCUCCGGCGCCGGCGAUCGCGCCUUCACAACAGGUCUCGACGUAAAAGCCGCCUCGCAGGGUCUUCUUGCAUCCCCUUCUUCAGGAAAACAGCAAGAAGACGUUGCCCGCAAAGCGAACAACCUCCGAAGACAUAUUCUAGAAUUCCAGGACUGCAUUACGGCGGUGGAGAAGUGCGAGAAACCCGUUAUUGUGGUAUAUCAUGGGAUUUCGUAUGGAUUGGCUGUGGAUUUGGGAUGUGCUUGCGACAUCCGCCUCUCAACAACCACAACAACCUUUGCCGUAAAAGAAGUAGACAUCGGCAUAGCAGCAGACAUAGGCACCCUGUCGCGCCUGCCCAAACUAGUCUCCUCGUUCUCCUUCGCCAAGGAAAUCGCGCUUACAGCGCGCCCCUUCGACUCCGCAGAAGCCCUGCAGCACGGGUUCGUGUCGCACGUUUUACCAUCCAAAGCUGAGGCCGUGGCCAAGGGAUUGCAGCUCGCGGGGUUGAUGGCGGAGAAGAGCCCCGUUGCAGUGGUCGGCACGAAGGAGCUGUUGAAUUAUAGUCGCGAUAGGAGCGUUGAGGAAGGACUGAGGUAUACGGCUAUUUGGAACAUGUCAAUGGUCCAGAGUUCGGACGUCGGGGAGGCACUUUUGGGAGGGUUGGAGAAGAGGAAGAGUGUGUUUAGUAAGCUUUAG